UAAAAUCCCGCACAUCUGCUUAGCCCCCACUCUGCUUUUUGCUACACACUCGAACAAGGAAAAAAAAAAGAGUUUUUUGAAACACGAUAAUGUCUGACGAAGAGCAUCAUUUCGAGUCCAAAGCCGACGCCGGUGCCUCCAAGACAUACCCUCAACAGGCCGGAACCAUUCGCAAGAACGGCUAUAUCGUCAUCAAAGGCCGACCCUGCAAGGUUGUCGAAGUUUCAACCUCCAAGACCGGGAAGCACGGCCACGCGAAGUGUCAUUUUGUUGCAAUUGACAUCUUCACUGCUAAGAAGCUUGAAGAUAUUGUUCCGUCUUCUCAUAACUGUGAUGUCCCACAUGUUAAUCGCACUGAUUAUCAAUUGAUCGAUAUUUCUGAGGAUGGAUUUGUGAGUUUGCUGACUGACAGUGGAGACACAAAGGAUGAUCUGAGACUCCCAACAGAUGAGAACUUGUUGAAACAGAUCAAGGAUGGUUUUGCUGAUGGGAAAGAUCUGGUUGUGUCUGUUAUGUCUGCAAUGGGGGAAGAGCAGAUCUGUGCUCUCAAGGACAUUGGUCCUAAGUAAAUUUCAGAUUCAUUUAUUGCGAAAACUUAAAUGGAGCCAAAAAUUAAGACUUUGGUAGUAGUAAAUGCUGUUUUCAUGUUUUUAUUUUUGGGUCUUGGUAGAAAAAAAGAAGGAAAAACAAUAUUACUAGUUCCUUUUUGUGCUAUGGAUACUUAUUUUCUUGCA